AUGUCAUCCGUCGCACAGAAGCGCCUCUUCCACGAGUACAAGAACCUCUCAACUAACCCGCCGGAUGGCAUCACCGCUGGCCCCGUCACGGAAGAUGACAUGUUCCACUGGGAAGCCUUGAUUCAGGGGCCGGAGGGCACACCUUUCGAGGGCGGUGUUUUCGCGGCCGAGCUGAAGUUCCCCAAGGAUUAUCCGCUGAGCCCGCCGACUAUGAAGUUCGUUGGCGGUGGGGUUUGGCAUCCCAAUGUGUAUCCUAAUGGCACCGUCUGCAUUUCCAUCCUUCACCCCCCUGGUGACGACCCGAACCACUACGAACACGCCUCGGAACGCUGGUCCCCCAUUCAGAGCGUGGAGAAGAUCCUCAUUUCCGUGAUGAGCAUGCUCGCCGAGCCCAAUGACGAAAGUCCCGCGAAUGUCGAGGCGGCCAAGAUGUGGCGUGAGCGACGGAGUGAGUACGAGCGUAAGGUCCGUGACGAGGUCCGGAAAGGCUUGGGGUUGUGA